CGAAGUACUGGGAGUUACAGGGAAGCACUCUGAAAAUCCCACAUGUGGAGAGAAAGAUCUUGGACUUGUUUCAGCUCAAUAAGUUAGUUGCAGAAGAAGGUGGAUUUGCAGUUGUUUGCAAGGACAGAAAAUGGACCAAAAUCGCCACCAAGAUGGGGUUUGCCCCUGGCAAAGCUGUGGGCUCGCACAUCAGAGGGCACUACGAGCGGAUCCUCCACCCCUACAACCUGUUCUUGUCUGGGGACAGUUUGAGGGCCAUGAAUAUUAAAAUAGAACCAGAAGAGACAACAGAAGCCAGAACUCAUAAUCUGAGACGUCGAAUGGGCUGUCCAACUCCAAAGUGUGAAAAUGAGAAAGAAACGAAAACCAGCGUCAAGCAAGAGCCUGCUGGGAAGAACGAGCUCGCGGCAGGAGGCGAGAGGGAGAAGCCCAGGAGUCGGCCGAAAAAGACCACGAGUGCUGUGGACCUGUACGUCUGCCUGCUGUGCGGGAGCGGCAGCGACGAGGACCGGCUGCUCCUGUGCGACGGCUGUGACGACAGCUACCACACCUUCUGCCUGGUGCCGCCCCUGCACGACGUGCCCAAGGGGGACUGGAGGUGCCCCAAGUGCCUGGCUCAGGAGUGUAGUAAGCCGCAGGAAGCGUUUGGCUUUGAACAAGCAGCCAGGGACUAUACUCUCCGAACCUUUGGGGAAAUGGCAGAUGCGUUCAAGUCCGAUUACUUCAACAUGCCCGUCCACAUGGUUCCCACGGAACUGGUUGAGAAAGAGUUUUGGCGACUGGUCAGCACUAUUGAAGAAGACGUGACGGUCGAGUAUGGCGCUGAUAUUGCCUCGAAGGAGUUUGGCAGCGGCUUCCCUGUCCGAGACGGGAAGGCCAAGCUUUCCCCUGAGGACGAGGACUAUCUGGACAGCGGCUGGAACCUGAACAACAUGCCCGUGAUGGAGCAGUCCGUCCUGGCGCACAUCACCGCCGACAUCUGCGGCAUGAAGCUGCCCUGGCUGUACGUGGGGAUGUGCUUCUCCUCUUUCUGCUGGCACAUCGAGGACCAUUGGAGCUACUCCAUUAACUACCUGCACUGGGGUGAGCCCAAAACCUGGUAUGGGGUCCCAGGGUAUGCGGCCGAGCAGCUGGAGAACGUCAUGAAGAAGCUAGCCCCAGAGCUCUUUGUGUCCCAGCCGGACCUCCUGCACCAGCUCGUGACCAUCAUGAACCCCAACACCCUGAUGACCCACGAAGUGCCUGUUUACCGGACUAACCAGUGUGCUGGGGAGUUUGUGAUUACAUUUCCGCGAGCCUACCACAGUGGCUUCAACCAAGGCUUUAAUUUUGCUGAGGCCGUGAACUUCUGCACUGUGGACUGGCUGCCACUGGGCCGCCAGUGCGUGGAGCAUUACCGCCUGCUUCACCGCUACUGCGUCUUUUCCCACGACGAGAUGAUCUGCAGGAUGGCCUCCAAGGCUGACGUCCUGGACGUGGUGGUGGCCUCCACCGUGCAGAAGGACAUGGCUGUCAUGAUCGAGGACGAGAGGACGCUGCGAGAAACGGUCCGGAAACUGGGCGUGGUCGACUCGGAGAGGCUGGACUUCGAGCUGCUGCCCGACGACGAGCGUCAGUGUGCGAAGUGCAAGACCACGUGCUUCAUGUCGGCCGUGUGCUGCGCCUGCCAGCCCGGCCGGCUUGUCUGCCUGCACCACGCGCGGGAGCUGUGCCCCUGCCCCCCGCGCCGGUACAAGCUGCGGUACAGGUACACCCUGGACGACCUCUACCCCAUGAUGGACGCGCUGAGGCUCCGGGCAGAGUCCUACGACGACUGGGCCCUGACUGUGAACGAGGCCUUGGAGGCGAAGACCAACAGGAAGGAAAGCCUCGCCAGCUUUCAGGCUUUGAUCGAAGAGUCUGAGAUGCAGAAGUUCCCAGACAAUGACCUUCUGCGCCACCUUCGCCUAGUCACACAGGACGCGGAGAAGUGUGCCUCUGUGGCACAGCAGCUGCUCAACGGCAAGAGACAAACCAGAUACCGAUCUGGUGGAGGAAAAUCCCCAAACCAGCUGACAGUGAGCGAGCUCCGGCAGUUUGUGACACAGCUGUAUGCUCUCCCGUGCGUCCUCAGUCAGACGCCGCUGCUCAAGGACCUUUUGAAUCGUGUGGAAGAUUUCCAGCAGCACAGCCAGAAGUUGCUCUCUGAGGAGACGCCCAGGGCUGCUGAGCUGCAAGAGUUGCUGGAUGUCAGCUUCGAGUUUGACGUGGAGCUUCCCCAGCUUGCUGAGGUGCGCGUCCGCCUGGAGCAGGCCCGUUGGCUGGAAGAGGUGCAGCAAGCGUGCCUCGACCCCAGCUCGCUCACCUUAGACGAUAUGAGACGUCUCAUAGACCUCGGGGUGGGUCUGGCCCCGUACGCGGCCGUGGAGAAGGCCAUGGCCAGGCUCCAGGAGCUGCUCACCGUGUCGGAGCACUGGGACGACAAGGCCAGGAGCCUCCUCAGGGCCAGGCCCCGGCACUCGUUGACCAGCCUCGCCACGGCGGUGAAGGAGAUCGAGGAGAUCCCCGCCUACCUGCCCAGCGGCGCGGUUCUGAGAGACGCGGUGCAGAGAGCCCGGGACUGGCUUCAGGAGGUGGAGGCCCUGCAGGUUGGAGGACGUGUGCCAGUGCUGGACACGCUGGUGGAGCUGGUCACUCGAGGCCGCUGUAUCCCAGUGCAUCUGAGUUCUCUGCCGAGACUGGAGUCGCUGGUAGCUGAGGUCCAGGCUUGGAAAGAAUGUGCUGCUAAUACAUUCUUGAUGGAGAAUUCCCCGUACUCCCUCUUAGAGGUGCUGUGUCCUCGCUGUGAUGUUGGCCUUUUGGGAUCAAAGAGGAAGCCGAGGAAGUUAAAGGAGCCCCUGCCCAGCGGGAGGAAGAGAAGCAGCCAGCUGGAGAGUCUGAGUGACCUGGAGCGGGCCUUGGCCGAGAGCAAGGAGACGGCCGCCGCUAUGGCGGCGCUCGGGGAAGCUCGCCUGCGGGAAAUGGAGGCCUUACAGGCCCUCAGGCUGGCCAACGAGGGGAAGCUGCUGUCGCCUGUGCCGGACGCGGAGACGAGGGUCUGCGUGUGCCAGAGGGCCCCCGCUGCCCCCAUGAUCCAGUGCGAACUCUGCCGGGACGCGUUCCACACAGGCUGCGUGACGGUGGCGCCCGGCGUCGCCCAGGGCCCCCCAGUCUGGCUCUGUCCCCACUGUCGGAGGUCGGAGAAGCCUCCCUUGGAGAAGAUCCUGCCCCUGCUGGCCUCCCUGCAGCGCAUCCGCGUGCGCCUUCCCGAGGGCGACGCCCUGCGCUACAUGAUCGAAAGAACCGUGAGCUGGCAGCACAGAGCCCAGCACCUGCUGUCGUCGGGGAGCCUCACCCCUGUGCAAGACCGCGUGGGCUCCGGGCCGUCCCUCAGCAGGUGGCCAGCCUCGGCAGGACAGGCGUCCGAGACCUGCAAGGUACCUCAGCCUCCUGGCACCGUCUCCCUUUCCCUGCCUGGUGAUGGGGACAACAGAUCCUCGAAUUCACACCCUCCCUUCUCGGCAGGAUGGAGUUGCAUUCCCCUCCAUGGUGUGAGUCCAGAUGUGAACGAGCUGCUGAUGGAAGCGCAGCUGCUCCAAGUAGCCCUUCCUGAAAUUCAGGAGCUUUACCAGACUUUACUUGCAAAGCCAAGCCCUGCUCAGCAGACCGGCCGAAGCUCACCAGCCAGGCCCGGCAGUGAGAAGAGUGACUGCUGUCGCGGGAAGCGGGAUGGAGUCAGCAGCCUGGAGAGGAAGCUGAAGAGGCGCCUGGACCGAGAAGGCCUGGCCAGCGAGCGGUGGGGCCGCGUGAGGAGAGUGCGGGCCCCCAGGAAGAAGAAAAUCAGGCUGAGCCACCCCAAGGACACGGACGCUCUCCCGUGGGAGAGGGAGCGCAGCUGUGAGCUAGUCCGCUCUGCGGAAACACACUCCCUGCCCUCAGACGCGUCCUACUCGGAGCAGGAGGACUCUGAGGAUGACGCCAUCUGCCCGGCGGGGAGCUGCCUGCAGCCGGAAGGAGACGAGGUGGACUGGGUCCAGUGUGAUGGCAGCUGCAACCAGUGGUUCCACCAGGUCUGUGUUGGUGUCUCUCCAGAGCUGGCCGAGAAGGAAGACUACGUCUGCGUGCGCUGCGGGGGCAAGGACACGCCGAGCCGGAAGUGAGCCCCGGGCCCCCGCCGGUCAGGACUCGGCACGAGGGCGUCAGUUUCUCAGCAGAGCCACAGGGCUGGGGUGCAGACCAGCCUGUAAACGGUGCUAUUUCUAUUCCUCAUGGAUCGUUUUUCCAGAACUCUUUGAAAAAAAGAAAAAAAACAACUAAAAAAAUUUUUGACACCUUUUGUAUUUUUUCCUUAAACCUGUUUGUGGUUGUUGAGGUUUGAAAUGCUGGGUGUUUCUGCAGGGUUCCCACCCGUUUGGAGGCAUCGGCGCUCCCCCUUUUCAUGCUCAGCAUCAGAGCCUGGCCACCUGGGGGUUCCCGGCCGCGAGUCCCACUCGGCGUCCGUGCCGAGGGCACCAGACAUUCCGUAGAUCCUCGUUGGAGGGAUUUCUCUCCCGUUCACUGUCACCACGUUGGGGAACUUCAGUUUUUCACUGUUGGGGUUUUGUUUCUUUACCCACCUUUCUUUUCCUUGGUAGACUAGGUUUAUUUAUCUGAGCAAUAACUUCUAUGUUGUUUCAGUGGCUGGAAUUAAAACAAAACAAACUUCCAAGCAGUGUGUGGGUGCUUCGCAUGUGGUUGGCGUGCAGAGCGCAGGUCGGUUCCCAGGGUGGCGGCCGGGCUACGGUGUGGAAAGGGCUCUGAGUCUCGCCGCAGCUGCUGUUCGACUCUGCCCCUUCCUCCCUCCUGCCCUUUUGGGAGCUUGUACCAAAUGUUGCAGCUUACGUUGUGAAUAAAUCCUUGGUCCCGCUAGAACACUAAACGCUGUUAUUUCGAGCUACCAGACUGUGGCGCUGUGGGCGGUGCCUGCAAACACCGGGGGCUUGUUCUGGACCCCACGCCACUCAUGGGCCGUUGCCCCCAGUCCCUGCUGGUAACGCCCCCCACACACCCCAGUGCUCAAGGAAUAGAGACCUUUUGAAGCCGUGCUUCCUCCAAAAGUGGGCAGAUUGUCCCCAGACUCAAAAAUCGGUCCUCCUGGUAGAAAUGGCACCUUCAUUACAUUUGAGUUGACAGGGAAACUUGAGGUGUCAGAAGGAAUCUAAGGGUUUGGAAAGUGUGGGUUGAGGGGAGCUGGGAGCACCCAGCUCUCCCUCCCGGUUCCCUCCUGGCUCUGGCUCCCGGCCCUGCUUGCGGGAAGCCCGUCGCUCUCCCUGCUCUGCUCUUGGAAGGACUGUUCUCCGUGGGGGAGACGUGCUGGUGAACAGAAGACUCUGGCUUGUUUUUUACGACUCUGUUGCUAAUGUUUGUUUUCCCACAUUCUAUAGCCAUAAACCUGGAGGUGGGUAGAACUAGUGGGUCUUUAAUAAAAUAAAACAACAAAAACAGCCGUUUGUGAUGUAGCUGAGAUUUCAGUGUACUGACCGCUUUCAUGCAAUCGUUGCGAUUAAAUCUCUCUGAGAAGAA